CUGGGGCCUGGGGCUGGUCCUCUUCCUCAUCCUCCUCAUCCUCUUUCUCCUGCUGGUCCUGCGGCGAGGAGCCCAGGUCCCUUCCGGCUCAUGGCUACGUACCUGGAGUUCAUUCAACAGAACGAAGAGCGGGAUGGGGUGCGCUUCAGCUGGAACGUGUGGCCGUCCAGCCGGCUGGAGGCCACGCGGCUGGUGGUUCCCUUGGCCUGCCUCUUGACUCCCUUAAAAGAGCGAGCCGACCUGCCCCCCGUCCAGUACGAGCCCGUCCUCUGCAGCAGGCCCACGUGCAAAGCCGUCCUCAACCCACUCUGUCAAGUUGAUUAUCGCGCCAAGCUUUGGGCCUGCAAUUUUUGUUUUCAGAGAAAUCAGUUUCCUCCAGCUUAUGCGGGCAUAUCUGAAGUAAAUCAACCUGCCGAAUUGAUGCCCCAGUUUUCUACGAUUGAGUACAUAGUGCAGCGAGGCGCCCAGCCCCCUCUGAUCUUCCUCUACGUCGUCGACACGUGCCUGGAAGAGGAAGACUUACAAGCUCUAAAGGAGUCUCUGCAGAUGUCCCUGAGUCUGUUACCCCCGGACGCCCUGGUGGGGCUGAUCACCUUUGGGAGGAUGGUCCAGGUUCACGAACUGAGCUGCGAAGGGAUCUCCAAAAGCUACGUCUUCCGCGGGACCAAGGAUCUCACGGCCAAGCAAAUCCAGGACAUGUUGGGCCUCUCCAAACCAGCCGUGCCCGUCCAGCAGUCCCGGCCGGCCGCGCCCCCGGACCAGCCUUUCGUCUCAAGCAGGUUUCUGCAACCCAUCCAUAAGAUUGACAUGAACCUGACAGAUCUUCUUGGAGAAUUACAGAGAGACCCUUGGCCGGUAACUCAGGGGAAAAGACCCUUGCGAUCCACGGGGGUUGCUUUGUCAAUUGCCGUUGGCUUACUGGAGGGCACAUUCCCAAAUACGGGGGCCAGGAUCAUGCUGUUUACUGGAGGCCCGCCCACCCAGGGACCAGGCAUGGUAGUUGGCGACGAGUUGAAGCUUCCCAUCCGCUCCUGGCAUGACAUCGAGAAGGACAACGCACGUUUCACCAAGAAAGCUACUAAGCACUACGAGAUGCUUGCUAAUCGUACUGCCAUAAACGGGCACUGCAUUGAUAUUUACGCGUGCGCCCUUGAUCAGACCGGUCUCCUGGAGAUGAAAUGCUGUGCAAACCAAACAGGGGGUCACAUGGUGAUGGGCGACUCCUUCAAUACAUCUCUCUUCAAGCAGACAUUCCAGAGAGUUUUUAGCAAAGAUUGUAACGGCGAUUUUCGAAUGGCGUUUGGAGGUAUUUUGGAAGUGAAGACCUCCAGGGAACUGAAGAUUGCCGGCGCUAUUGGGCCCUGUGUAUCCCUAAAUGUGAAAGGACCGUGUGUGUCUGAAAACGAAUUUGGUAUCGGUGGUACAAGUCAGUGGAAAAUCUGCAGUAUGGACCCUUCAUCUACACUUGGCCUCUAUUUUGAAGUAGUAAAUCAGCACAAUGCGCCAGUACCUCAGGGAGGCCGAGGAGCAAUUCAGUUCGUCACUCAGUAUCAGCAUUCCAGCACCCAAAGACGCAUCCGCGUGACCACAAUUGCCAGAAACUGGGCGGAUGCCCAGAGUCAGCUCCAGCACAUAGAAGCGGCGUUCGACCAGGAGGCGGCUGCGGUGCUAAUGGCCCGCCUUGGCGUGUUCAGAGCGGAAUCGGAGGAAGGCCCCGACGUCCUUCGAUGGCUGGACAGGCAGCUUAUCCGACUGUGUCAGAAGUUUGGACAGUACAACAAAGACGAUCCCAAUUCCUUUCGGCUGUCGGAUUCGUUUUCUUUAUAUCCCCAGUUUAUGUUCCAUCUGCGGAGAUCUCCGUUUCUGCAAGUAUUUAACAACAGCCCGGACGAGUCGUCUUACUACAGACACCACUUUGCCCGGCAAGACCUGACUCAGUCCCUCAUCAUGAUCCAACCGAUUCUUUACUCUUACUCUUUCCACGGCCCCCCCGAGCCCGUGCUCUUGGACAGCAGCAGCAUUCUUGCAGACCGAAUUCUGCUGAUGGAUACUUUCUUCCAAAUCGUCAUCUACCUUGGUGAGACAAUAGCUCAGUGGCGGAAGUCCGGCUACCAAGACAUGCCCGAGUAUGAAAACUUCAAGCAUCUCCUGCAGGCCCCGUUGGAUGACGCGCAGGAAAUCCUGCAGACGCGAUUCCCCAUGCCACGCUACAUAAACACCGAGCACGGGGGCAGUCAGGCUCGGUUCCUGCUGUCCAAAGUGAACCCAUCUCAGACACACAACAACCUGUAUGCUUGGGGACAGGAAUCCGGAGCGCCCAUCCUAACGGACGACGUCAGCCUGCAGGUCUUCAUGGAUCACUUGAAAAAGCUGGCGGUGUCCAGCGCGUCCUAGGACCGCCGAGCCGCGGCCCCAAGAAGCCCGACCCCGGCCCAUUUAAAGACGCAGGACACUCCCCUUCUCCUUCCUGCAGCUUUUUAAACUAACCCAAGGGGAACCUGUCGUCCGUUUAGAUUUUAAUUUAUUUGGGUCCCUCUUCGACCGUCCCGCCUCCUGUUUCUUCCGUGCGCCAGCCCCGUAGGAUGGGUGCCGUGGCACUCGCAGGCCGCCGCGUGCUUCCUUUUCUCUAACCUUUUGUAAAACAGACCUGACCCUUCUUGGCAGCUUCCUCCAGUGAAGGGGAUAUUGCUUACAAAGAAAAUAAAGCUGGAUGAGGAGAGCAAUCAA